CGCCCCGAACGACCGUCCACAUCGACUGCCUCCAGGAGCCGGCGAGCACCUCCCCCCGAAGCGGCGGAUACCUCUCAGCCCCGGCAUCGGGUGACGAGGGCAGCGCGAGCUGUACAGGGGGCUGGGGUUCGGCUGGCGGCGCCAGGCUCACGCGGGACCCGCGGGCGUGCAGGGCCUGUGGCGGGCGCGAGCCUGUGCCACAGCAGAUUGCCCCGCGCGGGCGGCGUGUGUGCCCAGCGCGAGGGCUGCUGGCGGCCGGGCUGCGCACGGCGGCAGGAGGAGGAGGAAGAGGAGGCGGAGGAGGAGGAGGAGGAGGCGGAGGAGGAGGCGGCGGCGGAGGACGCACGAGGAGGC